AUGGUUGCUCCGCCGUAUGGCAAGCAAGUGUUAAUCGGCAAUUGGGCGGAUCGUCGUUACGCCUACGAUGAGAAAGGCAAUGGCAUACUGCCAGGUCUGAAUCCGGCACAAAAGUGCGAAGAGCAUCGCUCUCUCAGCCAGGAUACUUACACUUACGAAGGCUUCAGUGGGGACGAGUGUUUGAGGCAUUUUAAGGAGAAGCGAGUGACGCGUAUUCAUAACUUUCGCAAUGGCACCUCGUCGAACUUGGAGAUGAUCGAUAACCCGAUGUUGAAGAAUAAUUUCACAACCACAAAUACAUUGCUGUACGAUUGGUUGCCCAAGCACCGAUUGAAUCAAAAUUCAAAGCGACAGCCGACAACGGCUGAAAUUCCUACUAAGCAGAAUUAUCCCGACUUAAUGCAGUGUUUUGGCAAUCUCACAAGGACUCGCAACUUUGCUGAGCUACAGAAAGCCGAAGAGAUUUUGGAGAAAACCAAUGCCAUGCAGACCACCUACGACACAGCCUAUAAUCUGUCGAGCAAACUAACCCCAGACUAUGAAGCUUUGGCCAACAAAUCCAAAAAUUGUUAA